AUGGCCUCCGAGACAGUGCGCGCCCAAUUUCAACCUGACAAGACCCGCAAAACGGUCCUGAUAACAGGCUGCUCGGCUCACGGCCUCGGACACGCAUUAGCAAUCGCGUUCCACCGUGCAGGACUGCGCGUCUUCGCCUCGGCACGGAACCCAGACAAGAUGGCUGAGUUGCAGGCAUUGGGGAUCGAGUGCUUGAGGCUGGAUGUAUUGGAUGAGGAGAGUAUCAAGCUGUGCGUGGAAACCGUUAGGGGCUUGACGAGGCGAGAUGGGGAGGUCGAGGGAAGACUCGACUGCCUCGUCAACAAUGCAGGCGGAGGUUACAACAUGCCCGUCGCCGACAUCUCAAUCCCCGAAGCAAAAGCCCUUUUCGACCUCAACGUAUGGUCCUGCAUCGCCGUCACCCAAGCAUUCCUGCCUCUGCUGAUCAACGCCGCCAAACCCGACAAUUCAGCGCCCUCCUCCGCCGCCACUACGACAUCCAAAUCCAAAGCCAGUCCGCGUCACGCUCCAAGCCUCAUUCUGAACAACACGUCCGUCUCCUCUGUCGAGCCCACGCCGCACAACAGCGCCUACCACGCCAGCAAAGCCGCCAGCGCCAUGUUCUCGACGCACAUGCGCAUCGAGCUGCAACCGUUCAACAUCCAUGUGAUCGACCUGAAGACAGGCUGUGUGCAUUCAAACUUCCACGCCAACCACCAAGGAGGCAACGCCGCCCUGCCCGAGGGGAGCAUAUACGCGCCCGUGAAAGAGCAGACCGAGAGCGCGAUGCGCAACGCGUUCCCCAUCCGCGAGGACCCGGAUAAGUGGGCGAGGGACGUCGUACGCGAUGUCCUGCGACCCUGGCAGAAGGCUGCAACCCGGGAAAGCACGCCGCUGCCGUUGGAGAUCUGGAGGGGCACGGGCGCGUGGCGCACCUGGUUCUACAACUGUACCUUUUGGCCUGUCGGGUGGUGGGAUGAGUGGUGGAGAAAAGCCGUCGGGCUGGAUCUGUUGAGGGAGAAGGUGAGGAGGAGCUAUGGAGCGUAA